GGUAGGUGAGGUCAGGGCAGGGGCCGCCAUUUUGGGUGGCGGGGCUGGGCUCGGAGCGGGGCAGCGGCCCGCGGGGGUUGCCCCAUGGCCGGGCAGUUCGACUCCGAGGACCGGGCGAGCUGGUACUGGGGGCGGCUGAGCAGGGCUGAGGCCGUGUCACUGCUGCAGGGGCAGCGCCACGGGACCUUCCUGGUGCGCGACUCCGGCACCAUCCCCGGCGACUUCGUGCUCUCGGUGUCCGAGAGCUCCCGGGUCUCGCACUACAUCGUCAACAGCCUGGGGCCGGCGGGAGGCCGGCGGGCCGGCGGAGAGGGCCCCGGGGCCCCGGGGUUGAAUCCCAGCCGAUUUCGGAUAGGUGACCAAGAGUUUGAUUCUUUGCCAUCUUUACUGGAAUUCUACAAAAUACACUAUUUGGACACUACAACCUUGAUAGAACCAGUUUCCCGAUCCAGGCAGAAUAGUGGUGUUAUCCUCAGGCAGGAGGAAGCUGAAUAUGUGCGAGCUCUCUUUGACUUUAAUGGAAAUGAUGAAGAAGAUCUUCCAUUUAAGAAAGGAGACAUACUGAAAAUCCGGGAUAAACCUGAAGAGCAAUGGUGGAAUGCAGAAGACAGCGAAGGGAAGAGGGGAAUGAUACCUGUUCCUUACGUCGAGAAGUAUAGACCUUCCUCUGCUUCACUAUCUGCUCCGAUUGGAGGUAACCAGGAUAGUUCCCACCCACAACCACUGGGUGGGCCGGAGCCAGGGCCCUAUGCCCAGCCCUGCAUCAACGCUCCGCUCCCUAACCUUCAGAAUGGCCCUAUUUAUGCCCGGGUUAUCCAGAAGCGAGUCCCUAAUGCCUACGACAAGACAGCCUUGGCUUUGGAGGUCGGUGAGCUGGUAAAGGUCACAAAGAUUAACGUGAGUGGUCAGUGGGAAGGAGAGUGUAACGGCAGACGUGGCCACUUUCCAUUCACACAUGUCCGCUUGCUGGAUCAACAGAAUCCCGACGAGGACUUCAGCUGAGUGUGGCUCAACAGUUGCGCUUCCAGAUGGGAACAAUCUCAACUCGUUUUUAUUGCAGAUGCCAUCAAGACUAUGUUCCGACAGAUGUUGAAAGCGGUAUCGCUUGUCUAAGCAUUCUGAUAACCUGCAAACCCCUGGGACUGAACACCACCAUUCCUUAAUCAAGGGUCAUGUAAUUCAGGGUACGACAGUAGAUAACUCGUGUGAAGUGGCAGAACUAGUACAUGAUUAUAGGUUGUAAUGCCUGCUUCUGUCCAUGUGCACAGCAGACUGGACCUUGCCAGCAGCAGCAGUUGGAGAAGGCAGUAAUGUAGAUGUUAAGAUAACAUUUAUAGCUCUCUCCGGUCCUAUUGCUUAUGUUGCUUCUUUCUCAGGCAAUGAACAUCAACCUUAGACAAUUCAAUAUAUAGAUAGAAAUGUCACAAAUUUAUCCUGGAGCUUUCUCCAUAUUGUUGUUUUUUUCCAUCCUGAACCCACUGUCCUGGAAAGGCUGUGGAGUACUUUGCGUGGUCAGUUACCUGUGCGCAGUACAGAUCCACGUAGAGCCCAUUGAGGACAGCCUUAUGAUUUAUUGAUGCUCACCAUCUUAAUGGUAAAUGACAGAUCAAAUCAACCUUGGAAUUCUAGAAGUUUAUGGACACUAGAUUGAUUCCUUCAGUACUGUUGAUGCUUCAAACGUAGCAGCUGAUUUUAAAUUAAAUUUUUCUAUUAACACACCAAUAUCUCUUUUUAUCCACAAAUAUAAGGCUUACGGAAGUGUAAAAACAUCCAUAUCAGUGCUGAAACAUACGUGUGUAGCACUUUAAUGCAUAGCUUUAAAGCAGUGUUUGAGUCACUAAAUAUACUAAAACAUUGACACUGCUUUCCAGUAAGAUUGAAUUAUAUAGGGCCAGUUUAAUUUUUCUGGAGUUCUUCAAUAACUCCUCUUGUACAAUACUCUUACAGUACAGAUCAGUGUCAAACAUGGUGAACUGACAAACCAAAUAUUAGUUUUUAUUUUAGAGUUACUCUGGGGACUCUUCUGGUUUAAUUCCCAUCUGUAAAAUAUUUGAUAGUGAAUUCACAAGGAUUUUAUUUUUAAUAAACUAAUGGAAAAUACUUGUGUGCUUCUGGAUUGAUUCUCAAAAGGCAGAAUAGAGUAACUGUGGCUUCCUAGCUCACAAUGAGAAUCAGUGCAUUGAAUAGAUGGUAUUAUGCACUGCUUGGUUUUGGUUUUUAGUCUGCUCUUCUAAUUAUCUGGUUUUCUCUAACAUAAAUCAGAAUGGAUUCAGUAAGUUUUGUAAACUGAAAUGAAACACUGAAGUAACUCCCCCUUGCCUGUACCCUGGAUUGUUUUCCAAGCACAGCACUCUAGUGACCAAACUGAAGCAACCAGAUUUUGUAACUUUGCCUAAAGUGUCAUUCAUACACAACAGUUUUUCUGAAUAGUAGCAAACUGAAAAUGUUCUUUGGGUUGAGAGAAGCCAUGUGCUCAAACAGCUCAUUGGUUGUAAAUGCUGCAAGGGCUGGUUCACUUGGCAAAGGCUAUUGCUGCAAGGCACCAACCCGGACAACAGAAUCCUGGUAACACUUUACCUCAGAACUGUAACAUGCUGGAAAUCAUAAUAUUUCUGUUCUAUUUAAGUACUAGUUGUUUUACUUCAAAACUAAUCCAUCAGCAAGCCUGACUAAUUUUCAGGUAAUGGGCACUCAUUAAUCUGUAGCCUAACACCAGUGUUCAUCGUGCUUUUUCCAUCACCAAUCUCAUUAAGCACUACUGAAGAUUAUGAGAAAACUGACAGUGGUGACAGAACAGUAGCAGAGGAGUGCAGUACUACUAGUCUAGCUCGGGGUGCUCUUCUGGUUAGAGUGAUCUGCCAGUGAUUGUGGGAUCUCUUCUAGCUUAGAACAAGAUUUACUUUGAGGAAGAGAACUGAGAAACUAACGCUAGGUCCCAUAACACAUUGGUUUUGUUAAGGCUAAUUUGUAUUUUUCCUCUCACCUGGAUAUUUACUAGGACUGUUUGUUUUUUCAAUAGCUGCAUUCUAAAUAACGAACUUAAUACCAAGUUUACCAGUUGCCCAUUUAGGCUUAGAUUGCAAAAGAAACAUAAUGAACUGUGUGUUCUUACAGUAACAUGGUUUGUUCUGAAGUAUUUUUUCCAGUUGCAGCUCAUGAAAGCCCAGAUGUUUGAACUUUUCCAAUCACAAUUAUUUUAAGAUACCAAAAGAACAUUUUUUCACCUGGUUUUAUUAUGCAAAUCUUGCCUUUUUAAUAUGAAAGAUGCAAAUUGAAUCAAGUAGCAAAUACCCUGCAAUCUUUGUAGAUGUGGUUUUGUUAAGACUGUAUAAAUGGUGAAUAUUUGUACACUUGGAAAGAGCUAAUAAAAGCAACUAGAGGAGUCUUAAUAGCUGCUGUUGCACUAGAAUCUGAAGUUCUUGUCAAGCAGCUUCUUAGGCAACUGCAGAUACGUUAAUGCAACUGUUUUUCACCAUUCAGUUCUAAGCCAAAAUGUGAUUUUGUUUCAUAGAUGAUAGAAAUGAGUAUGUUUGCUUUUGGACGAGAUAGACAUUUCAGCUUCUCAAAGCUCUUAAAGGCAAAUAGGUAGAACCUAUGUUCAUGAACAUGUAGACGAAAUCCUUUUGUGGCCUUUGUUUAAUCCUCUUCUGUUUGUUCCCUCCCUCCUCCUGGAUGUGUGCAAAAAAGAAUCAUUGCUACGAAUGUUGGUCACAAUCUUUUGUCUCUCCUUGGCUGUGGUUUUGGUCUCUUGUGCAUAGGCAGGUGUUAGAACUAGAAUAAUCAUUUCUAGAAAUACACCGUGAAAGCAGAAUGCUCAAUUACACUGUGUUCUCCUGGUGCAUUUACACAUUAUAUCACACUAAAAAGUACAACUGGCUGCUAUGGUUUUUUUAAUCUCUUUCAUUUUGGUAAACCCCAGCCUUUUUACUAAUAUUUGCCCUGGUUAAAUCUUGUUAAUCUGUUUGAAUUGUAUUUGUUAAUAAUGCAAAUAUUUCUAAUCAUCUUAAGAGUAAAACACUUCAUUUUUUUGUGUUAAUGGUUUUGGAGAAGGAUUCUAACCAAACCAGUUUGAAGACAAAUAUGAACAUGUGCCAUUGUAUUAUAACACUAUCCACUUUCUUGACAGUUAAAGUCUUUUUUUUAUUUUUUUGUAGCAUGUAAUGUAUAUGUUCAUAGUACGUGAAGUAAAUAAAAGUAUAGCCAAAACUUUGA